AUGGAGAACUACCAAAAAAUUGAGAAAAUUGGCGAGGGUACCUACGGUGUUGUCUACAAGGCCCGCGAGCUCAAUCAUCCCAAUCGUAUUGUCGCUUUGAAGAAGAUUCGUCUCGAAGCCGAAGAUGAAGGUGUCCCCAGUACCGCCAUCCGCGAGAUCUCCCUUCUCAAGGAAAUGCAGGACCCCAACAUUGUCCAAUUGCUGAACAUCGUCCACGCCGACGGCCACAAGCUCUACCUCGUCUUCGAAUACCUUGAUUGCGACCUGAAGAAAUACAUGGAGGCUCUCCCCGUGAGCGAGGGCGGCCGUGGAAAGGCUCUUCCAGAAGGAAAUGCCAACCUUGGUCUCGGUGACGCUAUGGUUAAGAGAUUCAUGGCUCAGUUAGUGGAGGGUAUUCGCUAUUGUCAUAGCCACCGUAUCCUGCACCGAGAUCUGAAGCCGCAGAAUUUAUUGAUCAACGUUGAGGGCAACCUCAAAUUGGCCGAUUUCGGUCUCGCCCGGGCUUUCGGUGUCCCCCUGCGAACCUACACCCACGAGGUUGUCACAUUGUGGUACCGUUCGCCCGAAAUUCUGCUUGGUGGUCGUCAGUACUCCACCGGUGUCGACAUGUGGUCUGUCGGUGCUAUCUUCGCCGAGAUGUGUACUCGCAAGCCACUUUUCCCGGGUGACUCGGAAAUUGACGAGAUUUUCAAAAUCUUUCGCAUCCUCGGUACCCCCGAUGAAGAGGCAUGGCCCGGUGUCACCUCUUUCCCCGACUACAAGGCCACCUUCCCCAAGUGGAAGCGCCCCAAUACCCCCCUUGUUCCCGGUCUGGAGGAGGCUGGCCUCCAGCUUCUUGAAGCUCUACUCGAAUAUGAUCCGGCGCAUCGACUUUCGGCGAAGCAGGCCUGCAUGCACCCUUACUUCCGCCUAGGGAGCGCGCACUACUCGGGCCGCAGUCAGAAUGGCAACUAA